GGCCCCCGGUCUGGUUGCGCGUCGAGCCGUCUCUCGGUGGCCAAAAUUCAGGGCCGUUCACGGCGAGGUUAGCCAGGGUUGGGUCUCGGCCAGGCAGAGACGGACGGCCGGUCUUCGCGGUCUGGAGUCUUUAAGCCCCCCGGACACAACCCCGUCGGGGCAGCAGCUGUCCUGCGACCUCCCGGCUCCCCCGGUGGGGCUGGGACAGGGCAACAGAGGCCAGCAGGGGCUUGCUGAGCAGGGCAGGUGGGGCAGUCCCGCCCUCUCCCCUGGAGCCCAGCCCUGCCGCGGGCGCAGGGGGUCGGGUGGGAGCCUUGGGCCUGGAGAGCGCCCGCCUUCGGGGAGCGGAGCAGUCCGUGUUGCCAACUGCAGAGAAGGGAGACGUCCUAACAGUUGUCCAUCAAAAGCCCUGCGGGUUCAGCGGGCGUGCCGGGACCGGUGACUCCGCCAAUCUUGCACACAUGGGAACUAAAGAAGAAUUUGUUAAAGUCAGAAAGAAGGACCUGGAACGGCUGACAACUGAAGUGAUGCAAAUUCGGGACUUCUUACCCAGAAUACUAAAUGGGGAGGUACUGGAAAGCUUCCAGAAAUUAAAAAUUGUAGAAAAAAACCUGGAAAGGAAAGAGCAAGAACUAGAGCAGCUGAAAAUGGAUUGUGAGCACUUUAAAAAUCGCCUGGAAACUGUGCAGGCUGACAGCAUGAGAGAGAAGAAGGAGAAACUGGCUCUUCGACAGCAGCUGCAUGAAGCAAAGCAGCAGCUCCUGCAGCAGGCAGAGUAUUGUACAGAAAUGGGAGCAGCAGCUUGCACCCUCCUGUGGGGCGUUUCCAGCAGUGAAGAAGUGGUCAAAGCCAUACUGGGAGGAGAUAAAGCUUUGAAGUUUUUCCACAUCACUGGUCAAACAAUGGAGAGUUUUGUGAAGUCACUGGAUGGGGAUGUCAAGGAGCUUGAUUCUGAUGAAAAUCAGUUUGUUUUUGCUUUGGCUGGAAUUGUAACAAAUGUUGCUGCCACAGCAUGUGGUCGUGAAUUCUUGGUUAAUUCAAGUCGGGUGCUCCUGGACACCAUUUUGCAACUUCUGGGAGACUUGAAGCCAGGACAGUGCCCCAAACUCAAAGUGUUAAUGCUGAUGUCCUUGUACAACAUGAGUAUCAAUUUGAAAGGCUUGAAAUACAUCAGCGAGAGCCCAGGAUUCAUUCCUUUGCUGUGGUGGCUUUUGAGUGAUCCAGACGCAGAGGUGUGUCUUCAUGUAUUGCGGCUUGUCCAGUCUGUGGUUCUGGAACCAGAAGUCUUCUCCAAGUCAGCAUCUGAGUUUCAGAGCUCCUUGCCCCUGCAGCGCAUACUGGCAGUGUCCAAGAGCCGCAACCCCCACCUGCAGACUGUGGCCCAGGAGCUCCUGGAAGACCUCCGUGCUCUGGAGCAUAAUGUGUAGGUGUGCUCGGCCAUCAAAGAGUUGGUGAAAAUGUCAGUGUCCCUUUCCUUUCCAGGUCCCUCACUUUGUAUUCCCAAACCAUUACCGUGUGCCAUCUGUUAGAGAUGGCAAAAUGUGAUUGACUAGAGAUGGAUAUGAAUUGAUAUGUAUCCCACAUGACUUCCUCCUGGAAGUGAAAGUACUUGUGGGAGGUUAAUUAAUCUUGCCAAAGGGGAGGCUGAAAAAGAAUCCAUCCUUCUGGAAAGGCCCAUGUCUGUGUUACUUGGAAGAGGGCUUUCUUAGAGCAGCUCCUUGCUGCUCAGUAGACAGUCCAUGACCUAUAGGUUUACCCAUAGAAAUGGGAGAUUAGAUAACUAUCUACCCCAUUGGUCAGCAUGUUCCUGAGAUACAUUUCUUUGAAAAACAAUUCAUUAUCUCUCUAGUAAUUAUAAUUAAUGCCCCCAAAAUGUAAGUUUACCUUUAUAACCUUUUGGUGAACCUGCUAUAUCAGAUGACAUUGGACAUUUUAGUUCUGUAUUUUUUGAGACUCUUUUAUUCUUGAAUAAAGAAAGUCAGAAAAGUCGAUGUGUUACA